UUUUGGCGCCUUUUACGACGCGUUUCUGGCGUUGAUUGUUUAGAGAAAAAGGGUAAUAAUUAAAAAAGGAGUCAAAAAUUCGCACAAAAAGCACAGCAAGCGGUUUUGCAUUAUUCCCGGAAGCAGCGACAUGAGCAGCAAAAAGACGAAACUUGAAGAAGCGCCUGUGGAAGCUGAAUUCACCGUCGAAAAAAUUAUAGAUUGUAGAGUUGUUGGCGGAAAGAUGGAAUACUACCUGAAAUGGAAAGGAUUCCCACCGGAAGAAAAUACCUGGGAACCCGAGGAAAACCUCGACUGUCCCGAUCUGAUUCAGGCCUUUAAAGACGCUCGCAAGAAAAAGGAUGGUAAAGAGGAAUCUUCUGGACGAAAGAGUAAAUUGAAGGAUGAGGAAGCAAAAGCUAUCCCCGCAAAACGAAAAUCAACCACUGAAAAAAAAAUUGGAUUCGAUCGAGGGUUAGUUCCUGAAGAAAUUCUUGGAGCUGCUGAUCACAACGGAAAACUUAUGUUUCUAAUGAAGUGGAAAAAUGCUUUGAACGCAGACCUCGUAAGUGCUGAACAGGCGAACAUAAGGUGUCCUCAAAUAGUAAUUAAGUUCUACGAAUCUCGUUUGAGCUGGCAAACACCAGAAGCAAAGAAUGAAACUAAAGACGAUUAAUUAGAAAUAAAUGAAACUAUUGCUUUUUUAUAACAACA